UCUGCUCGCGUUAAAACUGUGAAAAAGCGGCCCACUUUCCCGGCCCCAGCCCAUGGCCACGGCGCGAGGGGCUCGUCAAGACUCACAUGCAGACAGGCAUUGGCAGCUUCGUCACGAAGGUCAGACGAGCCCGAUGAGGCGAGGGCCAGUGGGCUCCUAUUGCCGCCUCAGCUGGUACCAUACAGACCACGACUGUACAGGCCAACAGAAAAUCGGACAGUACAGAACAGUACAGAACAGGACAAGACCGGACAGGGACAGGACAGGACAGGACAGGACAGGACAGGACAGAACAGGACAGGGCAGAAGAGGAGAGGAGAGGAGAGGAUUGAACGGGAAGACGGACGGUUGACGUGA